AGCUGAUCGGGAGUCAUGUGGUCCAACCUCGCCUCAGUCUCCAGCAAGAAUGGAGAGCUUUUCGUUAGCUGCGGGUUUGCUGCUUGUCGUUACCCUUGGUGCAGGAGCCGCACCAGUGUCAGAGUCUAAGGAGAGCUGGGGUUAUGUGAACGUUCGCGAUGGGGCUCACAUGUUCUGGUGGCUCUAUUAUGCAAACAACCCCACCAAGAACUUCACACAGCUGCCCCUGGUCAUGUGGCUGCAGGGAGGGCCAGGCGGUUCUAGCUGUGGCUUUGGAAACUUUGAAGAAAUCGGUCCACUAGACAGAGACCUCAAGCCAAGGAAUACAACCUGGGUUCAAAGUGCCAGCGUGCUGUUUGUGGAUAACCCUGUGGGUACGGGGUACAGCUACGCCAGCACCAGCAAUGCCUUCGCCAAGGACCUCGCCACCGUCGCUUCCGAUAUGAUGGGCCUCCUCAAACAGUUCUUCCAAUCCAAACCCGAGUUCCAAAAUGUUCCAUUUUACAUUUUCUCUGAGUCCUACGGAGGAAAGAUGUCAGCAGCGAUUGCCCUGAGCCUCAGUGAGGCUGUUCAAACUGGGUCGAUAAAGUGUAAUUUCGCAGGUGUUGCCCUUGGAGACUCCUGGAUUUCCCCGCUAGAUUCUGUACUCACCUGGGGCCCCUACCUGUACAGCAUUUCUCUGCUAGAUGACCGAGGCCUGGACGAGGUGACCGACGCUGCCAAGCGGGUCCAGGAAGCGGUGGAGCGACAGGAAUUCGACACGGCCACAGAGCUGUGGUCUCUCGCGGAGAAUGCUGUGGAGCAGAACACCAAUGGGGUGAAUUUUUAUAACAUACUCACAAAAGACCCCGAUGAGGGAAAGGAGAGUUAUGCAGCACAAAACGGUUACCUUGCCUCCCUGUACCAGCGCCACGUCAAGCCCCUGCACAGACAGACACUCGACCAGCUGAUGAACGGGGAAAUCAAGAAGAAACUCAAGAUUAUUCCCGACUCAGUCACAUGGGGAGGGCAGUCUGCCGAGGUUUUCUCCUCCAUGGCUGGAGACUUCAUGAAGCCGGUGAUUGACAUCGUGGACCAGCUUCUCGCUGCCAAGGUGAACGUGACCGUGUACAACGGGCAGCUGGAUCUGAUUGUGGACACCAUGGGCCAAGAGGUGUGGGUAAAGAAGCUGAAAUGGCCCGGGCUGGCAUCGUUCAGCAAGAUGAAAUGGACGCCUCUGUAUGUGUCAGCUGACCAGAGUGACACUGCAGCAUUCUACAAGAGCCACGAGAACCUUGCCUUUUACUGGAUUCUCAAAGCGGGGCACAUGAUACCGUCGGAUCAGGGAGACAUGGCUCUGAAAAUGCUGAGGAUGGUGAUGAAACUGGAGUGAGCUCCCCAACGAGACAGCCAGCUGGAAUGGCAGAGUCAAGCAAAGAAACAAUGACGACUGACAAUAUAUACCCUUACAGUACCUGCACAAGUGAGCAAACGGGACCUGUGGAAAUGAGCCUGUUUUAAACUGGUUUACUGCUAUAUGUUUGGGCUUGUUUUUAGUGAACUCUUUUCUGAUUUGUAAUAGUAACAAAAUUAGGGAUCCAAAACCAAAAUGUAAUCAGAUAAGAUUUUUUUUUUCCUGUGAUCAUCUGUGUAAAACCUUUUUAACAUUUGUGUACAAAAAAAAGA